AUGGCCUCUGACCUGGACUUCUCACCUCCUGAGGUGCCUGAGCCUACUUUUCUGGAGAACCUGCUACGGUACGGACUCUUCCUGGGGGCCAUCUUCCAGCUUAUCUGUGUGCUGGCCAUCAUCGUACCCAUCCCCAAGUCCCAUGAGGUGGAGGCAGAACCCUCUGAGCCCAGAAGUGCUGAGAUAACGAGAAAGCCCAAGGCUUCUGUUCCUUCUGCAAACAAAAGGCCGAAGAAGGAGACCAAGAAGAAGUGGUAGAAGAGGAGAAGAGGAGCCCAGG